AGUAUAGUAGCAGUUAAGUGUUUUACAACGAAAGAACGAACGAAAGGCCAUCCUCUGUUACCGUUGCUGAGAACUCGUUCUCUAUUUCGCCACCUCACAAAUAGCAACCUAACAUCCUACAACAUCUCCCAAAGCCAGCUAAUUCACCGGUGAUGUCCGCUCUUGCAGCUAGAAGAGCUACAGCCGCUGCGGCCAGCCCAAAACCAGAGCAACCUGAGUCCUCCAUUGAAGAGGUAUCAGUUUCCGGUGCCUUGACUCUACCAUCCCCAAAGAGACGCAAAACCAGACAGACGUCUCCAAAACCUCGUUCAAAAGCUAGAUACUCGGAUGAUGUGCCCACUUCUCGGCAAUUUUUUCAGGCAACUGAAUCAUUAGCUGAGCAAAGAACAGGACGAUUUUCGCCAAGUGCACCUGAUAGCGACGGUGGCACAUCGAGCUCCUCGGUCGGGGAUAGUGACGAAGAUAUGGCUCAGGAAGAUGAAUUCGAAGAUAGACGUGAGGUUGAUGGAGAGAGGGAUCAGCGUAAAGUGUCUGUGGCUGCCAAUAUGUCUUCUUCUGGUCCUUUUAAAAGCCUGGAUCUAAUGCCCGUGGAUAUCACCUCUCAGUUCAACCCGAAAGAUAAUGUGAAUUUCUGCAGGAUUACCGAGGGGCAGCUUGCUUCUGCUGAGAUGAACGAUGGGCACCCUGGCCCAGGAGUUAUCGUCAGCCUUGCUCGAAAUGAAAGCCUUACGAUCGCCGGCCUUUUCCUCCUAACUCCACUGCAAAAUACCCUAUCUAUCUACUCGACUGCUCUCUCGCCAUCAAUGUCUUCCUUUCCCGUUUAUGCUCCCACCUCGCAUCCUCUUCCUGUCAUUUCUCCUGCAUCUACCCAAGCACCUGGUAAGGGUACCUUGUCCAUCUUAAAUAACAUCAAGCUUCCGCUUUCCUUUCAAAAAGAGUCCGAUAAGACAUUGCUGCUCAUAAGGGAGAAUAGAUGCGGAAUAGAUGGCUUGCGGAACGGAGCAGUCCCAGGUUUUUCGAAUAUUUGGCUAGAAGAUAAUGGACCAUGGGGAUUAAGAGGAGUGCACCCUGUCGUCGGCUCGUUUCCUGUCCCUGUGUAUCCAUACUGCACUCCUCCAUCCUGGUCGCAUGCCAUAUCCUCCCUUUCAUCCUCUGAUGUUAACCUUCAAACCCCUUUCGUUGGUCUCGUCAAAGGCCCUAAGCGAAGCGGCAAGUCAACUUUUGCCAGAGCAUUGCUCAACAACUUGCUCAGGCGUUUUCGGAAAGUUGCUUGGCUGGAAUGUGAUUUAGGCCAAGGGGAAUUCGGGUCUGGAGCUGUUGUUGGGCUUUGGAUCUUGGACAAACCCGCACUGGGGCCUCCUUUCACACAUCCUUUGCUUCCUUCAAGAUCUCAUUAUCUUGGUACUUAUACGCCUCUCACUUGUCCUGAUGAGUACCUCGUCGCGAUACGUCAUCUCAUCGAGCAUUACAAAUAUGAGUUACAAUACACCUCAGAAUACUCAGCUCUUCAUACAACCGUUCAUGACAAGAUCAGUACACACGUGCCUCUCGUAAUCAACACUCAAGGUUGGAUGAAAGGACUUGGCGAGGAACUUCUCAAUGUCAUUGAGAGUAUGGCCCAACCUACGCGAGUGUUUUCUUUUGAAUCACAGUCAGAAGAAGUUUAUAGUGGUCAGGGCUGGACCAGCACUCCGCCUUGGCAGGCCACUCAAUUACCUUAUGACCCAGCCUAUCCGACCACUGAGCCAGUAGAGACAGAAGUUACGCAAACCUAUAGCCUGGAGACUGCCCCUGUUUCAGCUCUUCAAGCCAGAUAUACCCCGGCUGAUCUUCGCGUUCUGUCUGCGAUCACUUAUUUUCACGCGUCCUUACACCCGACGCAGUCUGUACCUGUUACAUGGGACAUAUCUUCGCCUCUUGUGUGCACAAUACCAUGGGAGGUAGAGCUUGGCAUUGGCAAAGCUCUUGAAAAGGUUUACUUGAUCGGCGAGGGGAGCGAGGGCGUUCUCGAGGAGGAUCUGCCAAUUGCGCUAAACGGUGCAAUCGUCGCUUUAGCUGAGAUGCUGGGAAGUUAUGAGGAUGAACCAACAGUUUAUGAGCAGGGCAGAUCACCGCCUCCCACGGACUUGGUUAAUAUUUUGGGUCUUGCUGUGAUUCGAUCGCUUUCUUCAGGAAACUCCGUGAACCCUGGUUUGAAAUUGCAACUUCUGACUCCUCUUCCCCCAUCUUAUCUCUCUCGAGCUCGCAUUCUCAUCAAGAGUGGUGCGCUUGAAUUGCCGCUUCCAGGUAUGAUUGAUUGGCGCAGGGGCGGUAUCAAUGAGGAAGGAAUGUUGGGAAAGGGUUGGGAAGAAAUACCUUUCCUAGAUGUAGGUGGCCUGGAUGUUAUAGGAGGGGAGAGGAGAAGAUUCAGGAAGAACAUUAUGAGGAAGGGAAUGUAGAAAAAGGUUGAGAUCUGUCCAUUCAUAAGUAUUUUUUCUUAUAUUCAUACGUACACAGAUGUCAUUUUCAUCCUUUGAAAAGAUA